ACAGAAGAAAAGCAAUUCAUAAUGGAGAUGGACUUGACACCCAAAAAGCCACAGCUCAUGUUUGAAGGAGAUGGUGGAGCUUACUUCACAUGGUCAGCUUCUCAGCUGCCUCUUCUGGCUAGCAACAACGUUGGUGCUGGUCGGCUCCUUCUUCAACCUCAAGGCUUUGCUCUUCCUCACCAUGCAGAUUCUGCUAAAAUUGGCUGUGUUCUUCAAGGAACGGAUGGAAUAGUUGGGAUGGUUCUCCCAGAUGCAGAAAAAGAGGUCGUUUUGAAGCUGAAGAAAGGAGAUGUAAUCCCACUUCCUCUGGGGUCAAUCUCAUGGUGGUUCAACAAUGGAGAUUCUGACCUGGUCGUGGUGUUUCUGGGGGAAACAUCUCAUGCUUAUGUUCCUGGCCAGUUCACAUACUUCUUUCUAAGUGGAUCUCAAGGAAUUAUGGGAGGCUUUUCCUCUGAGGUCAUAACCAAAGCUUACAAUUUGAACAACAAGGAAGCAAACAAACUCACCAAGAGCCAGCAAGAAGCUUUGAUUUUUAAGCUUAAAAAUGGCCAACACAAAAUGCCAGAACCCCACAUGGAUAAGACCAAACAGAUGGUGUAUAACGUUGAUUCUGCAGAACCAGACCAUGGUGGGGUCAAAAAUGGAGGGUUGGUCAAAACUUUGACUGACCUAGAUUUCCCUUUUGUUGCAGAAGUUGGGAUGAGUGUGAUGAGAGUGAAGCUUGAACCUAAUGCUAUGAAGGCACCAGCCUAUCUAACCAACCCAGCAAUUCAAUUGAUUUAUGUUGUUAGAGGAAGUGGGAAGAUUGAGAUUGUGGGGUUCAAUGGCAAGCUUGUGUUGGAUUCUAAAGUUGAAGCCGGCCAUUUGCUUCUUGUUCCUAAGUUCUUUGUGACUGCACAGAUUGCUGGUGAAGAUGGAAUGGAGUUCUACUCUAUCCUCACCACAAAAAGGCCUGUGUUUAAAGAGCUAGCUGGGAAGUCAUCAAUAUGGGAGGCCAUAUCUCCACAAGUGCAACAAGUGGCUCUUAACGUGGAUCCAAAUUUUGAGAAGCUUUUCUUGCUCAACAUCAACAACUCCACAAAUAUCAUUCCUCCCACCAACUCAGAAUAAUUGUCUGGUUCAGAAGAUCACAAGUGAGGAUUAUAUAAUGUAGCCCAUUCAAAGUGGGGCCGAAGGGACUAUUUCUCAGACACGUUUGUUUGUCUAAUGUAUAUAUUGGGCCUAAUGGACUCUGUUGCCUUGUCAUGCACACUUUAGGCGAGCUAGAUCAUGGGACUCAUUAAGCCUAGAACGUAUCUUCAUGCUAGAAUUUGUCAUUAACUAGUUAUGAUACUUCACAGGAAUUAUGUUUCUUUCUUGA